AGCCCGUCUCCUCUGUGCGGAUUAAAAUGGCCGGGACUGCGCUGAAAAGACUGAUGGCUGAAUACAAACAGCUGACUUUGAACCCACCGGAGGGCAUUGUUGCAGGUCCGGCAAAUGAAGAGAACUUCUUUGAAUGGGAGGCACUGAUCAUGGGUCCAGAGGACACGUGUUUUGAGGGAGGGGUGUUUCCUGCCAUCUUGAGUUUCCCCUCGGAUUAUCCCCUCAGCCCCCCCAAGAUGAGAUUCACCUGCGACAUGUUCCACCCCAACAUCUAUCCAGACGGCAGGGUGUGUAUCUCCAUCCUCCAUGCUCCUGGUGAUGAUCCUAUGGGAUAUGAGAGCAGUGCUGAGAGAUGGAGCCCCGUCCAAAGUGUAGAGAAAAUCCUCCUGUCUGUAGUCAGCAUGCUCGCAGAGCCUAAUGAUGAGAGUGGGGCGAACGUUGAUGCGUCGAAGAUGUGGCGUGAGGACAGGGAGCAGUUUUACCACCUGGCUCAACAGAUCGUACGCAAGUCCCUCGGCCUCUAGUGAUGAGGUCAUCACCCUGCGACACCACCCAGCACCCUUACCCUCUCCCUGUGGGCGCAUGAGUGCGUGGAAGUAUUCAGUGUGUGUGUGUGUGUGUGUGUGUGUGUGUGUGUGUGUGUGUGAGUGAGUGAGAGAACAUCUUCUAACUCCCCUCUCAUGACUGACACCCCCUCAUCUGCCCGCCAGGGGUUCAUUUAAAAAUAAACCAAAAAUCAAACGUCCACCAAGCUCUAGUAGUUUUGAUCUGUGGAGGCAAAGAAGUUUUGAACCAGCAGCUGGCUUGCUCCAAACAGAACCCUAGUCCCAGUCUGGACUCCAGUCUUGUUGUCACGGAAACCUACAGACGGCCAGCCUCAAAGUCC